AUGUCUUUCAAUGAGACUGAGAAUAUUCUCCUGUGCUAUUCUUUACAUCCCGACUCUUGUUCUAGAACUCAUCGUCUCACUGUUGUUAAAGUGACAAUAUAUGCUGUAAUGUUACUUAUGAUCCUCAUGACAGUUUUUGGGAAUCUGCUGAUCAUCAUCUCCAUCUCUCACUUCAAACAGCUUCAGUCUCCAACUCAUCUGAUCGUUCAGUCAUUGGCUGUGUGUGACUGUCUGCUGGGUUUACUGGUGAUGCCCUACAGUAUGGUGCGAUCUGUCGAAGGCUGCUGGUUUUUGGGAGAUGUUGUUUGUAAAGUGCAUUCUAGUUUGGACAUGACCUUCAGUAUCUCAUCUUUAUUGCAUCUUAGCUUAAUAUCUAUCGACAGGUACUGGGCCAUAUAUGACCCUUUAAGAUACAAAAUAAGGAUCACAAACAACAUUGUGGCUGUGUUUAUAACCCUUACAUGGAUCUUUUCAUUUGUGUACAGCUUUUCUCUUGUGUUUUCAGGGGUGAAUGCUGUUGGUCUGGAAGCUCUUAUAUUACAAAUGUCUUGUUUUGGUGGAUGUGUUUUGUUUUUUAACAAAGAAUGGGGGCUAAUCUGUGUCAUUGUAGUAUUUAUUAUUCCAGGAACUAUAAUGAGCUCUCUGUAUAUCAGCAUAUUUAAUGUUGUGAGAAAACACGCAAAAGUUUUGUCAGAGAAAGUGUCUGUGACCACCACAGGUGUUAACAGUCAAAUCUAUGCACACAGAGAAAGAAAAGCAGCUAAAACUCUGGCUCUUGUUAUGGGCGUUUUCUUUAUCUGCUGGCUUCCUUUUUUUAUCGCCACUGCUGUUGAUCCUUUCAUCAAUUUUGUGACCCCAGCUGAUGUUUUUGAUGCUUUGGUUUGGUUUGGCUAUUUAAAUUCAACUUGUAAUCCCUUAAUCUAUGGAUUUUUCUAUCCUCGUUUUCAGAAGGCCUUUAAGACUCUCAUAUUCACAUAUAUCUGUGGAUUCAAUCAUACACAUACUCUGACAUUUGAAUAA